GCCGCGACUGCUGGAGCUGCGGGGCUGCGGGGCUGCGGGCCGAAUUGGCCGUGAGGGCCAGGCCGGGCCCCGCUGACCGACAUGCUGACCUUUUUCCUUGUGUCGGGGGGCUCCCUCUGGCUGUUCGCAGAGUUUGUCCUCUCACUUCUGGAGAAGAUGCAGACACAGGAGAUCCUAAGGAUGCUGCGGCUGCCUGAGCUGGGUGACUUGGGCCAGUUUUUCCGCAGCCUUUCAGCCACCACCCUCGGCAGUGAUGGGGCCCGACGAUCCGUGAUUGGAGAUAGCCCUCAGCUCCUCACCCACUACUAUGAUGAUGCCCGAACCAUGUACCAGGUAUUCCGCCGUGGGCUCAGAAUCUCAGGAAAUGGGCCCUGCCUUGGCUCCAGGAAGCCCAAAGAGCCUUACCAGUGGCUGUCCUACCAAGAGGUGGCUGACAGGGCUGAGUUUCUGGGGUCCGGACUUCUUCAGCACAAUUGUAAAGCAUCUUCAGAUCAGUUUAUUGGCGUUUUUGCACAAAAUCGACCAGAGUGGAUCAUCGCAGAGCUGGCCUGCUACACAUAUUCCAUGGUGGUAGUCCCACUCUAUGACACCCUGGGCCCUGGGGCCAUCCACUACAUCAUCAACACAGCGGACAUCAGCACCGCAAUCGUGGAUAAACCCCAGAAGGCCAUGCUUCUGCUAGAGCAUGUGGAGAAGAAGGAGACUCCAGGGCUCAAGCUGAUCAUCAUCAUGGAGCCAUUUGAGGAAGCCCUGAAAGAGAGAGGGCAGGAAUGUGGGGUAGUCAUCAAAUCCAUGCAGGCUGUGGAGGACUGUGGCCAAGCGAAUUAUCAUGCUCCUGUGCCCCCCCAUCCUGAUGACCUCUCGAUUGUGUGUUUUACAAGCGGUACAACAGGAAACCCAAAAGGUGCAAUGCUCACCCAUGGAAACGUGGUGGCUGAUUUCUCAGGCUUUCUCAAAGUGACAGAGAGUCAGUGGGCUCCCACUUGUGCGGAUGUGCACAUUUCCUAUUUGCCUUUAGCACACAUGUUUGAGCGAAUGGUGCAGUCUGUUGUUUACUGCCAUGGAGGACGUGUCGGCUUCUUCCAGGGAGAUAUCCGCCUCCUCUCAGAUGACAUGAAGGCUCUGUGCCCCACCAUCUUCCCUGUUGUCCCACGACUGCUGAACAGGAUGUACGAUAAGAUCUUUAGCCAGGCAAACACACCAUUAAAGCGCUGGGUCCUGGAGUUUGUGGCAAAGCGUAAACAGGCUGAGGUCCGGAGUGGAAUCAUCAGAAACGAUAGUAUCUGGGAUGAACUCUUCUUUAAUAAGAUUCAGGCCAGUCUUGGUGGACGGGUGAGGAUGAUUGUCACUGGGGCAGCUCCUGCAUCACCAGCUGUCCUAGGAUUCCUCCGGGCAGCUCUGGGGUGCCAGGUUUAUGAAGGUUACGGCCAAACUGAGUGCACAGCUGGAUGUACCUUCACCACACCUGGUGACUGGACCUCAGGGCAUGUUGGAGCACCUCUGCCCUGCAAUCAUAUCAAGCUCAUUGAUGUCGAGGAGCUGAAUUACUGGACCUACAAUGGAGAGGGAGAGAUAUGUGUGAGAGGACCAAAUGUGUUUAAAGGUUACUUGAAAGAUCAAGAGAGGACAGAAGAGGCCCUGGACAGUGAUGGCUGGCUUCACACUGGAGACAUUGGGAAAUGGCUGCCGACGGGAACUCUUAAAAUUAUUGAUCGGAAAAAGCACAUAUUUAAGCUUGCUCAGGGAGAAUAUGUUGCACCUGAGAAGAUUGAGAACAUCUACAUCCGGAGUGAGCCUGUGGCACAAAUAUAUGUCCAUGGAGACAGCUUAAAGGCCUUUUUGGUAGGGAUUGUUGUGCCCGACCCUGAAGUCAUGCCCUCCUGGGCCCAGAACAGAGGAUUUGAAGGGACAUAUGAAGAGCUUUGCACAAAUAAGGAUGUGAAGAAAGCCAUUUUGGAUGAUUUGGUGAGAUUAGGAAAAGCAGGUGGACUCUAUUCUUUUGAACAGGUUAAAGCCAUUCACAUCCACUCUGACAUGUUCUCAGUUCAAAAUGGCUUGCUGACACCAACACUAAAGGCUAAGAGACCCCAGCUGAGAGAGUACUUCAAAACACAAAUAGAAGAGCUUUACUCAAUCUCCAUAUGAAGUUCAAGGAAGGUUCCAGUAUAAUGGACUGGGUAGCAAUAUUAUAGUUAUUCUUGAAAGCAAUGACUGAGAAUGAUGCAGCUGAAAAUGAAUGAGCACCUGACCUUAUGAUUGAGCCUUUUCUUGUCCCAAGAGGUCUUUAACAAUAUUUUCUCUAUCAUCAUUGAGUACACUUUAUUUUUAUUAAAAUUAUAUUGUAGUAAACUGAUAAAAAUGUCGUAAAUGGCAAUGUAAAAAUCAAGACAUUUUCUCAAGAAGUGUGUAUCACUAAAAGUAAUAUAUUCUUAAUGUUCACAGAUUUCCAAUUAAACAUAAAGGAAAAAC